AGAAGGUUACUGUCCUUAUACUCCCAUAGGUGUUGAUUUGUUUGCUUGCUCACAAAAGAUAAGUCAUAUUGCUCAGCACAUUGAACUUCCCACCGCUCAAGGGAACAGCAAAUUGCCUCCACUACUGAUUGUUAAUAUACAGGUUUGGCACUUUUCCCCGCAAUAAAACCAUUUGCAAACUUAUAACAUUCAGUUUUUCUUCGCAGAUGCCUACAUAUGCUCCUUCAAUGUUCCUGGGUGACAGCGAUGGUGAAGGCAUAAGUCUGGUGCUGUAUUUCAAGCUAUCUGACAAAAUCGACCAAGAAAUUCCAUCAGACUUCAUAGACAGCAUCAAGAUGGUGCAAACUCCUCUUCGUGUUGCUGCUGGCUAUAAUGAUGUUGAGAUUGUUGAAGUUUUGCUGAAUUGGAUGGGAUUGGAGAAGGUUGAGCCGGAAGCAAGGAAUAUGUCUGGGGAGACUCCAUUACACAUGGGCGCGAGAAGAAUGACUGGAAUGAAGUUGUUAAGCUGCUUCUUUCUCAUGGUACUUUUGUGGAGGCCAAGGCUAAUGAAGAAUUCAAGAACACUCAAGUUAUCAAAGUUUGGGACAUCUUACCAGCUUCCAAGAUUCCUACACUUGCAAGGGAACUUGAUGCUUGGUUUGGGAAAUAUACCAUGGACUUCAUGAAUCGUUGCAAACACAAAUCUUUCCAAGGGAAAUUGAUAGUGCCAAUGUCAUGGCCAGUUCAUUCUGUUCUCGGUGUUGAUUCUUUGUCAGACAGGAUUUCCGCUAUGAAUAUAUGGGAUGAUUGAGAAGAAUCCUGGUUUUAGAAUUAAUUUGGCAAUAAGGAUGCUUUUGUUUUUGGAAUCAUAGGAAGGCUGUUGGGAGUGAAAUCAAUCAGUUCUCAGUUGAGAGGGAGAACGCGUGCAGAGAAAGGUCUUAGGGAACCUGGCAGAGAAAGGUUUUAGGGAACCUGGCAGAGAAAGGCUCCUUCAAUGUUCCAUUUUACAUCCUAAUUGGCAUCUAUUCUACCAUAUCACCUAAAUUCAGUUUUAUGCUUAAGAAUAUUACUUAUUUUGAGUUGAUGUAUCUAAAUCAAGAAGAUGAUGGCAAAGAAACAAAUAGGACAUGUAAUUUGAAACUGCUCGAAAGACAGACCCUGUCUUUGCAAAUUAAAAAUGAAAGAGAGUUUUUUCUUAAA